GUAUUUGCAUCAUCAUCAUCACCAUCAGUAUUCCAGUAUCCAUCCUCCAUCAACAGACCUCAUCAUCGUCUCCAUCCGUACAGUGCUCUUGCAGUACACAUACUACCCUUCCCCGAUCGGAUCUACCAAACCCACGGUCAUGGCCGAGUUCAUUCGCUCGCAGAUCCUGGGAACCACCUUCGAAACCACAAACAGAUAUGCGGACCUUCAACCGGUCGGACUUGGGGCCUUUGGGCUUGUCUGCUCCGCAAACGAUCUCAUCGCCCGCCAACCAGUGGCCAUCAAGAAGAUGAUGAAGCCCUUCUCGAACCCCACGAUCGCUAAGCGCACGUAUCGGGAAGUCAAGCUGCUCAAGCAUUUACGUCAUGAAAAUCUCAUUGGCCUGAGUGAUAUCUUCAUCUCCCCGUCCGAGGACGUGUACCUUGUCACCGAGCUUCUGGGGACUGAUCUGAAUCGACUCCUCACUUCCAAGCCCCUCGAUGGAAAGUUUGUACAGUACUUCACGUAUCAGCUUCUGCGGGGACUAAAAUACAUUCAUUCGGCUGGGGUCAUCCAUCGAGAUCUCAAGCCUAGUAAUCUCCUGAUCAACGAGAACUGUGACUUGAAGAUCUGUGACUUCGGCCUGGCUCGAGUGCAAGAGCCCCAGAUGACGGGCUAUGUGUCCACGAGAUACUACAGAGCGCCGGAGAUCAUGUUGACUUGGCAGAGAUACGGUAAACAGGUCGACAUUUGGAGUGCCGGCUGCAUUGUUGCUGAGAUGCUGCGUGGAAAGCCCUUGUUCCCCGGCAAGGACCACAUCAACCAGUUCUUCCUGAUCACGGAAGCGCUGGGAAGCCCACCGGAUGAAGUGAUCCAGAGGAUCAGCACGAAGACAACUUUGCAGAUCGUCCAGUCACUGGGCAAACGCAAACCUCCUGUGUGGGCAUCCCUGUUUCCCGGAGCCGAUGCGCAAGCCGUUGAUUUGCUUUCCAAAAUGCUCGUGAUCGAUCCCGACAAACGCAUAUCCGCUGAGGAGGCUUUAGAACAUCCAUACCUAGCUGUUUAUCACGACCCUAAUGACGAACCGGUCGCAGAGACGAUGUUUGACUGGUCAUUCCAGGAUGCCAUCCAUUCCAUCGAUGAGUGGAAGAUUAUGAUAUACUCCGAGGUGGUUGAUUUCCACGACCUUGGUCCAACGGGACAGCCUACUGUCGACCCAGGCGCAUCUGCUGAUCUGGCAUUUGGUAUUGAUGGUGCAGCUGGUCUAGGCCCCCAGCCAGUUGAUGGCAUAUACCAGACUGCUGUCGACAAUAUCGACCAAGACAUCCUGCAAUACCUGCAGAUUUAGCCCAUGCCAUCUAUCGGUUCAUUCACAUGAAAGCGAAAAGCAAGGAAAAGAAGGUACAGGUAGUAUCUAUCACAGCACUGUGCGCAGAUAUUCCUGGAGCAGGUGACAUCAUGACACACAUGCUCCUUCCAAAAAUACUCACCUCCGAUCGUAAGGAGGUCAACUAACCCCGCCCCUUGCCCCAUUUGCUUUUCGAUCACAUGAACCUCGAACCACAUUUACCUACCUAUUCCAA